AAAAUCCAGCGGCGGCCGCACGGCUCGAUCGGGCUCGGGCCCUACAAAAACUACCUCUCCUCCUCCAUUCCCCCUUUCCUGCCUCUUCUUCCCCUCCUCGUCCGUCCUUGCCAAGUCGCCAGCCACCCCCUGGAGGCCCAAACCCUCGCCGCAAGAAAGAGGAAAUCAAUCAAAUCCAGCCAAAACCCCCGCAGCCCCACUAGGCCAAGACCGGCGGCCGGCGCCAUGGUGGUGUACGCGCAGGAGCACGUCUACCUGCACCCGUGGGACCGUGUGACGGCGGCGGUGUGGCGCAAGUUCACGGACCCGGCCUCCCGCACGGCGCUCUCCCACGUCGCCGACGUCCACACCCUCCACCGCCGCCUCGACUCGGACACGGGCCGCCUCCACGCCGCGCGCUCCAUCACGGUGCGGUCCCCGCCGCUCCCCUUCAUCCUCCGCCGCCUCCUCCCCUCCGCCGCGGCGUCCCCCAACGGCGCCGCGCUUUGCCACUGCGUCGAGACCUCGCUCGUCGACGCACAACGCCGCGCCAUGGACGUUGUCGUGCGCAACGUCAGCCUCCGGGGCCUCAUCGAGGUCGAGGAGAGGGCCUCAUACAGGCCCCACCCGGACCGCCCCGACGAGUGGACGCAGUUCAGGCAGGAGACCACGAUCCGGUGCCGCCCGCUCGCGGCCCUUGCCGCCGUCGCCGAGAAGGUCGAGACCCGGUGCGCCGAGAGGUUCCUGCAGAAUAGCGCCAAGGGGAGGGAGGUCGUCGAGCGGAUCUGCCGGUAUCUCGAGGCCGAGUCCGCGGGCGCCGCGCCCUCCGCCGUCUGAUCUGACCUCUGGUUUGCCUCUUUGCUUGAUCUCAUCGGAUCGAAGGGUUCGCUCGAUCUGUACUGCGUGCGCGCGGACAAAUCGAACCUCGCCUACUAGGCGCUUGUUUUUCUUUUCUUCUUCUGUAUGAUAUGAUGAGCUGAAUCCGAAAUGGAAUAAAGCUUGAGGACUUAAUUCUUCUGUUAGCUGUGAAAUCCAUUUUAACCCCCUGAUUUUUGUAAUAUGCUUUGCCAAUUCUACUCUUGUUAUGAAAUCUCUGGUGCUUAUUGUGCUAAUUUGACA